AUGAGUAACCCUCAGAGCGAUGCUGCAAAUCGUGGCGCUGACUAUCCACACAACCACAUGGGCGAAGAGGAUGAGGACGAGGAUGCAGACGAAGACACAACGGAAUAUAAGCCUCGUGCUAUGGCUCAAGAUCCGAGGUUCAACAAAGGCGAUAUGCGCUUCCGCAAACGAAAGCGUGUACCGUGGUUGGAGUCGGACGACCUGCGGUUACUCGCGUACAGGAACGAUAUGGCCAUGGACUGGAAGAGUAUAUUCAAACUCUUCCCAGAUCGGACCCCAGGCGCAGUACAGAUGCGUUCGCACAUGCUGCAAAGGAAAUCCCCCGUUUCGAGAGUGAAGAGAGAUAAGUCCGGCUCUCCCAUUACUCCCGCCCCCCCUCCUUAA